CUUCAAUAGAUCAUAUUUGAGAUGGCUUUUCAAUGUCUCUCUUUACUAUCAAGUUCUGUAUCUAGACAGCGCUGUAUGAUGUAGCUGUUGUCAGAGAGCUUCCAGUGGUGCCGUCUUUUCCACAGCGCAUGAGUCCUGUAGCGUUUAGGCUGUCUCUACAGUACCAUUUUCUUCCAUCCAAACAUCCUCCUCGAGCUAGUCACCACCUUUGAACGCAAACCUCUCAUCUGUUCUAAUCAUAUUUCUUUCGAAGAUCUUGUGAAUAGUCACCAACAGUCGCACAUCAUGAACAGUCAACAAUCAACAGUGAAAGCAAUUGUCAACCCUGAUGUCCCCAUCUCCACAUCCAAAGUUUGCGGAUCGCGAGCGAGCAUGACAUCCACAAACUCGAUACCUUCAGCUCGAAACCUAUGCUCAACACCAACAUUCCCCAUUCCCUCCGAGCGCCAACCCUCAACCCAAUCUGCGGCAUCGCGACCUCGGCGACGUUUCAAGAGCUCAAGACUGACCGGAGAAUACCCAAAGCCUUGGCUGGACAACGUAAGGGACGACCCGGAUUGGGAAGCGGCUGUCUGCUAUAUAUCUGCUCUUCUGGCGUUCUGUGCUGUUGUUUACUAUACUUCUAUCGUUUUGGCAUUCUGUAUUGGGGUGUGUCUUUUAGGUUAUGAAAGGGUGAGAUGUUCAAGAGCGAAGGAUGGCAUGUUGCGUAGAUAAAGAAGACUCUAUGAAAUAUACCAGAAUUUGGAAAGAAAAA